GCUGUAAAACUCUUACUAAAACAAUUUUUUUUAAACCCAUUUCAGACUGGGCUACUUUGAGCGCAACCACAAGUUCUACAACCCCAGUCAGCUGACCAGUGAGUUUGUCCGUCACUACAGCAGUCAGGCUGUGAAACAGAUGUAUGUCCUGGUCCUGGGGCUGGACGUCCUAGGAAACCCGUUUGGUCUGCUGCGUGGUCUGUCCGAGGGCAUCGAGGACCUCUUCUACGAGCCGUACCAGGGGGCCAUCCAAGGUCCAGAGGAGUUUGCCGAGGGUUUGGCCUUGGGAGUGAGAAGUCUGUUUGGUCACGCUGUUGGUGGCGCUGCGGGCGCGGUGUCGCGCAUCACGGGCACGCUGGGCAAAGGUCUGGCCGCCCUCACUCUGGACGACGACUAUCAGAAGAAGAGGCGGGAGCAGCUCAACAAGCGACCCGCCACCGCCCGCGAGGGAUUUGCCCGCGGCGGGAAGGGGCUGGUUAUGGGUGUGUUUGACGGUGUGACCGGCAUCGUGAGGAAGCCGGUGGAGGGCGCCAAGCAGGACGGCGUAGCUGGCUUCUUCAAAGGUAUGGGCAAAGGUUUGGUCGGAGUGGUCACCCGUCCCACCAGUGGAGUCGUGGACUUUGCCAGCAGCUCGCUGGAAGGCAUACGCAGGUAGGCAAAUCUAGGUCGUGCACUUCAAGCUCCG